GGUUUAUUUUCAGAACUAAAAAUGGAUUCAAAAUCCAAACCAAUGACUGUAUUCUCAAUAGAAUCAGUGCUCAGCCAAUUUUCAAUUAAGAAAUUAUGGGAAAUUCGAUCAAAAAAUGAAGUGUUACGGAAUAUCAGUGAUAAAAUGGAUCCCAAUAAAACAAACAAAUGGCCAGUAAAGCUUAUUAAAAUCGACGGGAACGAAAUUUCUAAGCCGGACGGAUUUACGACAGAAGGACAUGUAACAAUAAAAGGAUUUAGACAGACGAGAUGGAUGGUUCCGCAAAUUUUUCGAAUUAUCGAUUCCAGUCAAGAAGUUCUCGAAAAAUCGCUAAUUCCGGUUGCCGAAUCAUUUUGUAAAAAAAUGGCUUCAAUUGAAAUCUCAUCAUCGGAAAGUGUGACCGACAAAUACAUAAAGACCGCUUUCAAUCUUAUUAACAAUAGUCCUAAGCUCCAAGUGUUAAGCUUACAUGUCAAUAAUUUAUCUGAAAGACAUUUGCUCGACGUUUUGAAUCGACUGAAGUUGCAAGAAAAUGGGAAGGAUACGCUAAGUCUCAGCUUGAACUCCAGCACCGAGCUCACUUCGAGAUUUAUCAGUGAGGUUCUGAAAACGGGAUUGCCGAAUCUCAAUAUUCUCGUCAAAGCACCGCAUCCGGGAGAAGCCCUUGUUGUUAACAGAGCAGCAAUUGUACAAUUUUUCGAGAACUACGAACCUGCUGAAAAUGUGCCAGGAAUCAAUCGUAGUUUAAUAUUCGAUACAAUGGAAGAAACACUGGUGGAAUCAAUAUUUGAUGAUCUUAAAAGAAUGCAUCCAACGACUAGCAACGUGUAUCUUGAAAACGGUGCUCUGAUGUUCUGUACCCACGGGCCCAAGUAUUGGAUUCGAUUCGAAGUUUGGUUUCCAGGAAGAUAAUUGGGGUUUUUAGGAGUUGCAUGGAUAAUGUCAUUUUUGAAAAUGUCCCAAUUCUCAUUCAAAAAUCCUAGACUUGAAAGUUUCUUUUAAGAAAAUAUCUGAAAAUUUCAGUAAAAAUGUUUAAAGAAGGAGUAUCCUGAAUAGGGAAAUUGUUUUAUAAUGUAGUAUUCGUGCUCAAACUUACGAAUAUAACAAAAGAAAAACGGGGAAAACCCGUUAACAUUGAGCAUUUUUAGUCAGAAAAAUCGACGAAAAAAAUCUUUAAAAUUUAACUAGCGAAAUCUUAGGCCACGAGGAUUGCUCGAAUUUAAAUUCUGUUCUGCGUUGUGUUUUUAAAAAGUAUUUUAUGCAAUUUCUUCUUCCCAGUUUUCUCAAACUUUUUGAGAAAGAAAAACGAAUUAAAGUUUGAAAAAUAGCAUUUAAAUCAAUAUGUUAUGUUGUUGAACGAAUAUGGCCUAGGAAUCGUGUGGUGGCCUAGGAUUCAUUUGCGCGCGAAAUUCAAAUUCAGCCACUUUCGUCGAUUUCAACGGCUGAAUGCUGAAUGUUAACGGAUUUUUUCCGUUUUUCUUUUGCAAUAAUUAGAAGUUUGAGUACAAAUACUGCAUUUUAAAACAAUUUCCCCAUUGACGAUACUCCUUCUUUAAGUUUCAAAAAUUCAAUAAUCUUAGAAUAACUGAAAUUUUUUUAAAACAGGAAAACAAAAAUUUUAAUCUCUGAAAAGCUCCAAAUAUUUUUAAUCACUUCUUUAGAAACAAUUAAAAUUGAAAAUUUAUGUACAUGUUUCAACAAAUCAGACCACGAUUUUUCCCCGUUUUUCCAUUUUUGUUAUUUAUGUACAAAUUGUAAUUAUCUUCCAAGUUUUGUGUAGGAUUCCCCUAUUUUAACUGUUAGAACUGUGGUUUUUUUUAGAAUAUUAAUCAUACAUUUACUAAAAAAUGAUUUCAUUUCCAUUUAUCUUGUGUAUCCUGAUUCCUCAUUUUCCAUAAAACCUCAUCAAUCCU